CCUCAGUUAACAACAGCUGCAGUCAAAAAAUAUACAAGUUUUGUCCUCCUCUAAUAAAAUUUAGUCUCAGAUUUCUUCCCACUACACGUUUUGAAGCCAAGUCAGAGAGCUGUCAGUGAUGGUUUUUAAGAAAUAAAACUUUCUAUAAACAAAUAAUGGAGAAAAGCCACCAUUUGGGCUACAUUGUGGACCUUGUUCAAUGGCCAUUAGCAGUUCUAAUUGGUCCCUUACCUCAGGGUGUACAGAGCUUCUGGACCCCAGUCCAGUGGAGAAAUUCAAAUACAUGUCUUGGUGAUGCUAUGGCCAGAUAGCAUACCUUAUGUCCUGAGAGGAAGACCUUGUAACUCCAGGUCUUCAUCUGAUAAUGUUCAACUUCUAGCUGACACCUCUUGUCUCACAUGGGAUCCAAGUUUUUCUGUUGUUGUUACAUUAAGGUGUGUCACCAAGCAAGAUGCAGGCAACUUAGUAGUGACAAAACAGUAUGCUUAUUUAAGCAAGGGACCCUGCUGGUUGGUACCAAAAAGAGAUGGAUCUCUGUUGUGGAUCUGAAUGGAGCUCAUCUGUGAUUCAUCACUCUAGCGGGAAAGUUAAGCCUGCUCUGUCUGCCUCUGUCUUCAGGCAGUGAGAUUUGAAGAGUGUAACACAAAAGUCUGUCAGUAUUUACCCAGCUUGUGCUGGACCAGGGCUUUGCAAAACUUCUCUUGGGGGAACAGUUUGUGGCUUAUGGGCAUUAUGCUUCCCAGCUAGCUGGCUAAAAGACGGGCAACUGUGUUCAAGCAUUUUAAUGUGGGGCCAAAACCUGCCAGGAUCCAGUGCCUGGAGUUUCAUAUACCAUUUGUGAUUUACUCUGGCAAGGACAAGACACGGGCGACAGAACGCUCCAGCCACCAUCCUGUGUUGGCAUGGGCCAGAAAGCGAAGGAGACCUUUAAGGAGAGAAGGCUAGAGGGUGGUACCUACCAGUCCCUUCCGUGCGACAAGUAGAAAGAGUUGCACUGAGGAAGCCCUUUGGAGGGCCCAUGUGGUCCCCAGUGCCUCUCCCACCUCCUCCUCCUCCUCCUCAGGCGGGAGGAGGCAGAGUUGCUGCUGCUGCCAAUGCGCCAGGAUAGAGAGAUCUCGGCGCGGGAGGAGAUGACGCAAAAGGCAGAGCUCCCCCCAAAAAAGUGUUUCUCCAGGACGAAGAUGGCGGCAACUUAGCCCAGGGGCCCAAGAUGCCUGUGCCCGUCGGGGGCCCCCAGCCAGGCAGUUCCGCCCCGUGCGCCCGGGGACACCGCGCCCGGCGGCAACAGCGGCGGCAGCCGCAGACCAUUGUCACCAGCAGCGGCGGCGGCCCCGGCAGCCUCCUCCUCCUCUUCCUCUUCCUCCUCCUCCUCUUCAGCAUCCUCGGCAGUGCUCUGGGAGCCCUGCAGCAGCGUCUCUCCAGUUAGAGCGGAGGGGGGAGAGGAGAAAGAGGAGACGGAGACAGCGGUGCAGGCAUCUGUGCCGCGGCUCGGGGUUGAGGAAGAAGAGAGCCGCGGCGGCGGGGAGGAAGAAGAGGCGAGGAGUCCUCCCGGAGCGGUCCGUCGGCAGCAGGGGACGCGGCAUGCAGCUGUCCGGGGGCAACGGGCUUUUCUCAGGAGGGAGAUGGGGAGCUGCGGUCUGACCAUGCCUGGGUGAGAGGGGGAAAGGACCAGCCGCGCAGCCCCGCCACCACCAACUACCACCACCAUCUCCUCUCCCUCCUUCUCCUCCUCUCUGCGUUAUUGCUCUUAUCUUUUCCACGGCACUCCGCGUUGGAUGGACUGGGGCUGCUUCGUGUGGUGAGACCAAGGCAGAGCCACCGGUGAAACCCAACAAUAUCUCAGAGGAAGAAAAAGAAGAAAGAAAGAAGAGGGAAAAAGAAGGGGGGGGGGGGGGGGGAGAGUGGAAGAGGGAGAGAGCGAGCGAAAGAGGGAGAGAAGGGAAGGCAGGCAAGAAAAUACCCCAGUCUUUUAAGUCAAUGCAUAUUGUGGUGACACUGGCAAAGGAGCCCUCACGGUGGAGUCGGCCAGGGCUGUGCGUUCCCAAAAUAUGACCAGGGGUGCUUGGAUGUGCAGUCGGCAGUAUGAUGACGGCUUAAAAAUCUGGUUCGCACCCCGGGAGAACGAGAAACCCUUCACGGAUUCAGAGAGGGCUCAGAAAUGGCGACUGUCCCUGGCAUCGCUCUUGUUUUUCACAGUCCUGCUCUCUGAUCACUUGUGGUUCUGCGCCGAGGCCAAAUUCACGGGGACCGGAGAGAAGGAGCAACCGCCGCCCGAGAAGCCGGAGCCCGCGGAGCAGGAGCUGCUGGCGGGCAUGGGGGAGCCGGCGCCCCCCGCGCCCCGGCUGCUCGCCCCCCCCUCGCCCUCCCUCCCGCCCUCCCCCGGCAGCAGCGGCGGCGGCAGCAGCGGCGGCAGCGGCACCAACGGCACCGAGCACGGGCACGGCGAGGCUGCUUUCCUGGGGAACUCCACCGCCAGGCCCCUGGAGACGUGCCCCCUCCUGGGCUCCUGGUCCCGGCAGUGCUUCAGCGUGGGGGACGCGGAGGAGCUGUGCCGGCAGCCGGGGGGGCCCGGGCGGCCGCGGAGCGCGGGGCAGAGCCCGGCGCCCGGCUGGGACCUGACGGAUUUUUACCUUUCCUUUUGUAAUUCUUACACGCUUUGGGAGUUGUUCGCCGGGUUGUCCAAUCCGGACACUUUGAACUGCAGUCUGGAUGUGGUGCUGAGGGGGGGAGGCUCCUGCAGCCAGUGCGUCCAGGCUUACCAGCGCUACGACCAGCACGCUCAGGAGAAAUACGAAGAGUUUGAGGUUAUGCUCCAGAAAUAUUUACAGUCGGAUGAGUACUCGGUGAAAUCGUGUCCUGAGGAUUGUAAGAUUGUCUACAAAGCCUGGCUCUGUUCCCAGUAUUUUGAAGUCACACAGUUUCACUGCAGCAACAGAAUUCCUUGCAAGCAAUACUGUUUGGAGGUUCAGACGAGGUGUCCCUUUAUAUUACCAGACAAUGAUGAUGUCAUCUAUGGAGGACUAUCAAGUUUCAUCUGUACAGGGCUCUAUGAAAACUAUCCAACCAAUGCAGAACCAGAAUGCUGUGAUGUCAGAUGGGGACUAUUAUCAGAUCAUCAAUCCAAAGGGACUAUAAAAACAAGUGGCUCAACAAUUUGUCACAGGACAUCACUCACAGUUUCAUCAGCAUCGAGACUGUGUAACAGCAGACUUAAACUGUGUGUUCUUGUAUUAAUGCUCUUACAUACAGUACUUACAGUCUCAGCAGCACAGAACUCAACAGGACUGGGCUUUGGAAGCAUAACAACUCUGGAAGAUAAUUCAACCAAUGAGGAAUAAAAGAAAGGAUUCAUCUUACGUGAUAGAAACACAACAGGCCCAAAUGACUUCAGUCAAAAAUAGCAAGGACUGAGUGCUUUAUCCUCAGAUCUCUUCUUGAUUGACCUUUUGGGUAAAAUGAAAAGAAUGGGCCACUACCCAAACAACAAGGACACAUGAACACAGCUUUUUAUUGACUAAAAGGCUGUAUGGUGACUUAAAUUUCUCACACCAUUUUAUACACUGUGUUUUAAUGUUUGAAGUUUCUUUUUUUGUUUGUUUUUUGCACUUGUUAAUACAGGAUUUUAUUUUUUGGGACGGUUUCUCAAAGCUAAAUUAAGUCUUUUCUCUGUCAAUAUAUUUCUAGUCAUUGUGUGUGUUCAUCUGAUAGUUCUGUCUUUUAUGUCCUGUCAGUUUCUAUUAGAGGAAUGGCUGCUAUGAUUCCAUGACAUAGCAAAAAAAAAAAAA